AUGAUUUUGCUGGCGGAAUCACCAGUAAUUGGAAUGUCAGCAUUAACCAGCCUUUUAUUAGUACUUCUCCCCUUUUCGGGAUUCUCCCAAUUUCUUGACGGGGAGUGUGGAAUUCUAUCACAACAUCAGAUAGGAAAUAGUUCUUCGAGCCCCUGGAUUGCUUUUCUGCACACCACAGAUUUGGUAUUUGUGUGCGGCGGAACUCUGAUUACUAACAAACUGAUACUAACUGCAGCUCAUUGCGUAUCAUCCAACGCCCAGCUAAUAGCUCGCCUGGGGGAGUUUUCGGGAGUCCGUAAAGAAAACUAUCCUACAUCAGCGGAAUAUCAAGUAAAAAAAUUGUUCAGGCACUCUUUCUACGACAUGGAUACAUAUGCCAAUGAUAUUGCCAUCCUCGGACUGGCCACAUAUGUAGUGUACACAGAUAACAUCAGACCCAUCUGCAUUUUAUGGGAUCCUCUGUGGAAACAGUAUAUCGACGGCAUCCCGGUGCUUAGUGGUCCUGUUUGGGGAAAGCCCGAGAACGAUGAUGAAGGCAAUGGACUCAGGAUACUGGACAUCUGGCGCCAGCCACCAGAAAUGUGUACCAGCGUGUUCGGUACCAUAUUCACCAACCAAUUCUGCGCGGGAAACUCGGAAAGUCAUCUGUGCAAUGUCGAGUGCAGUAAUCCGCUAGGAGCAGUGAUUCCUUAUAAGAACACCUAUCGCUAUGUACAGAUCGGCAUAGCGACCACCAACCAAAAAUGCAAUACGCCGAGUGUUUACACUGAUGUACUGUUCCACAUCGACUUUAUCAUCCGAGUGUGGCGACAUUAUGACAACGUUCAAGGAGUACCAAACCCAAGCCCAACUCGAGUUUAGACCAAUUGGGAUCGAUAGUUCCAGCUAUCGGUACAUAGCCAAUAACAUAGCCAAACAAUGAUUAUAUUAUAACUGCUAAGCAAAUAAACUUAGUCUUAACUCUUA